CCAGGAGGGCUUCCGAGAUCGCCCCAAGACGGCCCAAGAGGCCUCCACGAAGGGACCGAAACGGCCCAAGAGGGCCUCAAGACGGCCCUUCUCUCAAGCGGUCGGCAGCUGACCUUCCCGCAGAGCUGCGCCGAGGAGGGGCGGGGGGCCCGCCGAGGAGAACAGCUCCAGCGUCCGCGAGGCGAGCACCUGCUCCAUGAGCUCCGAGGAGUCUCUCGGCGCCGCCCGCGGGGGCAGGCUCACGCCGCCGGAGGAGCUCGAGAAUCUGGAACACACCCUGUCCCGCCUGAAGGACUCUGGAAAGAAUUUCUUCAUCUGGGGCCUCACCAACUCUGAUGACCGCAGGCACGGCAUUGUGCGUGGCAGCUUCGGGAAGAUUGCAUACGAUUGCACGCACAGCAUCGGCUUCGAGAUUGUGGUCCCGAUCGCGAUCAUUGCCAACGCGAUUCUCAUAGGGUAUCAAGCAGACUGGGAUAUGCGUCACCUUGGCGACAACUCCGAGGGCGAUCAACAGACACUCUUCCUGUGGACGAACAGGGCGUUCACACUUGUGUUCUUGCUGGAGCUCGUGCUUCGUAUCGCAGCCGACGGCGUAGAGUUCUUCUACCCCUCGGCCAAGGGGUUCGGCUGGAACGCGUUCGACACCUUCAUCAUCCUCUGCUCCCUCUCGGAGGAGGUCGUCCAGGCGGUCUCGUCGACCAGGCUCUCGCAGAUCUCCUCCGUGCGCGUGGUGCGCACGCUGCGCCUCGUGCGGGCGCUGCGCGCCAUCCGGGUCAUGCGCGUCUUCCGCGAGCUGCGGAUCAUGGUGUCUGGGAUCAUGAAUUGUGGCAAGUCCCUCCUCUGGGCCUCUCUGCUGAUCGCCAUCAUGACCUACACUUUCGCCGUGCUCUUCCUGCAGGUCAGCUCCUCGUGGCUCAGGGAGCAGGGCCAGACGAGCCUCCCCGAGGAGGUCAAGUGCGGCGACGGCGACCAGGCUGGAGCCGCGUGCAGCGUGGGGUCCAGCUUCUCCUCCCUGAUCGCGGGCAUGUACACCCUCUUCAAGGCCAUGUCUGGCGGAUCAUCGUGGGGGGAAGUGUCCGACCCUUUGACAUCGAUCCACCCGUUGGUGACAUUCGCUUUCUGCGUGUACAUCAUGAUGGCCGUCUUUGUCGUGCUCAACGUGAUCUGGAGCCAUCUUCGUUGA